AUGGCAUCUAUCCCGAGUGGGCUACAUUUGUCAAGACAACCCCAAUGCCACAAGGAGAUAAGAGAAUCAACUAGAAAGGAUGUGGAGCGAGCAUUUGGAGUGCUCCAAUCUAGAUUUGCAAUUAUACGUGGUCCAGCUCGAUCUUGGCACAUGAAAAUCCUUAAACGUACAAUAUAUGCAUGCAUCAUAUUGCAUAACAUGAUCAUUGAAGACGAACGACACACAUAUGGUGGUGAUUUUGAUUACUUUUAUGAUAACAUGGAUAGUAACGUCUCAACAACUGAAACACGUAAUGGUCAUCAUCCUAAUCUUGUAACAAGAUUACAAAGGAGAGCAAGUAUCCGUGAAAAACGAGAUCAUCAACAACUUCAAACAGAUUUAGUAGAGCUUAUUUAG